CUGUAAAAGCACAGAGGAGUUGUUUUACACACUCGGACCCCGUAUUAACGAUGUAAAAAAGACGUCUGACGCACUUCAGACUGAACUUAAACGUGUGAACGUGAGAGCAUAACCUAAUGAAAGGUGAAUAAGAGGAGACGUUCGGGACGUAAACUGAUUAGCCGUCAUGGCUGCACUCUGGUCUAAUGCACUCGUCUUCUUCAUUUUACGAGGUCGUUCUCCAGCCGAGCACAAAAUCCACAGAAAGCGAGCUCCUUUUCCUGUAUCCGCCUCUGAGCGAUGAGCUGUACACACCACCAGCUGACACGAAGGAGGCUUUCAUACACACACACACACACACACACACACACGCUCAGGACCAGCCAUGGCUCUCAUACACACUCUCAUUCUGCUCUCAUGCGCAGGGAAAGUUUGGUCCAAAUCUGGGACUGGGACUCGAGUCUAUCUGGACAACAUCACACGGAUUCUGGACAGAUUACUGGACGGAUACGACAACAGACUGAGACCGGGAUUCGGAGGUCCUGUCACCGAGGUCAAAACGGACAUCUUCGUCACCAGCUUCGGACCCGUGUCUGAUGUGGAAAUGGAAUACACCAUGGACGUGUUUUUCCGCCAAACGUGGAUAGACGAGCGUCUGCGGUUCGAGGGUCCCAUCGAGAUCCUGCGUCUCAACAACCUGAUGGUCAGCAAGAUCUGGACCCCUGAUACGUUUUUCCGGAACGGCAAACGCUCCAUCGCUCACAACAUGACGACUCCAAACAAGCUGUUCCGCAUCAUGCAGAACGGAACCAUCCUCUACACCAUGAGAUUAACCAUCAACGCCGAGUGUCCCAUGAGGCUGAUAAACUUCCCCAUGGACGGUCACUCCUGUCCCCUAAAGUUCGGCAGCUACGCUUACCCCAUGAGUGAGAUCGUGUACACUUGGAAGAAAGGUCCCUUACACUCAGUGGAAGUGCCACAGGAGUCGUCCAGCCUGCUGCAGUACGACCUGAUCGGACAGACGGUGUCCAGCGAGAAGCUCAAGUCCGACACGGGUGAAUACAUCGUCAUGACCGUUUACUUCCAUCUGCAGAGGAAGAUGGGCUUCUUCCUGAUUCAGACCUACAUCCCCUGCAUCAUGACCGUCAUCCUCGCUCAGGUCUCCUUCUGGAUCAACAAAGAGUCGGUUCCAGCCAGAACUGUCUUUGGUAGGCGAAGCUUCUUCAAACUCUGGAAUCAACCGUUUAGUAUUUCCAUUGUGUUUGAGCAGAACGAUCGUGUACCUGUUCCUUCUCCACUAAAGUCUCUAUGAACCUCGGUCUGGUUU